GGACGGACAGAUGCGCGAUAUAUAUUUUUCCACUGGGCUCGUUAUUUAUUGUCCGCGGACCGAACCCUCUCGCAAAUCGCCUUAACUUAUUGAGGAGCGCCGCGGCCGCGCUGUACGGGUGUGCCAUUAAAGCAUUGCCAUACCGCGCCAUACCGCGCCGUACGCUGUCUCCGCGCCACCGCCGCCGUCGCGGGGGAGCGCUUUGAACGGCGCACGGCCCCGCCGGAAAUGGGGUGCGACUUCCGGGCUGCGCACGGCACGGCGGCCGCGUGCGGCAACAUGGCGGCGGAGCGGGGAGCGUUGUUCGCCGGGUUCCGCGCGCUCGGCCGCUACUCCGGCCACGUCCCGCACGUUCUGCGCUACCACGGCCGGCAUCGCGAGUUCUACGUGGCCACCGCGGUCGGGCGCAGCGUCCACACCUACAACGUGAAGAAGCUUGGUAUUGUUGCAGUGAGCAAUGCUUUGCUACAAGACAUUACUUGUUUGGCAGCGGACCGAAUGUUGAUAUUUGCUUCAUAUGGUGAUGUUUUCCAUGCUAUUGCCAGGAACAAAGAGGUAGUACAUACCUAUGAAGGUCACAAGGCAAGAAUACACCUCCUGCAGCCUUUUGGUGAUCACAUCAUCUCUGUGGAUACUGCUAAUGUUCUUAUUGUUUGGGAUAUACAGUCAGAAGAGGAGUAUCUUCAAGUGGCUUUUGAUAAGGCCACUUUUGCAGUUUCUGCAAUUCUGCAUCCAAGCACCUAUUUGAAUAAAAUUCUCCUUGGGAGUGAACAAGGGAGCUUGCAGCUGUGGAAUAUAAGAUCCAACAAACUCUUGUACUCAUUUCCAGGAUGGGGCUUGGGGAUCACAACUCUCGCACAAGCCCCAGCAGUAGAUGUUAUUGCAGUUGGUCUUGUAUCUGGUCAUAUCAUUAUACAUAAUAUUAAGUUUGAUGAAACUCUUAUGAAAUUCCAACAAGACUGGGGCCCCAUCACAGCAAUAUCUUUUCGUACAGAUGGACACCCAGUAAUGGCAGCUGGUAGCCCAAUUGGUCACAUAGCUUUGUGGGAUCUAGAAGAGAAGAAACUAAUGAGUCAAAUGCGAAAUGCUCAUUCCACAGCAAUAGCUGGUAUGUCAUUUGUCCCUGGAGAACCACUUCUUAUUACUAAUGGUGCUGAUAAUGCUAUAAGGGUGUGGAUUUUUGAUGGACCUGGUGGUACAGGACGUGUAUUGAGAAGCCGAAUGGGACAUAGUGCACCACCAACAAAAAUUAGAUACCAUGGGCAAAAUGGAGAGCAAAUUCUUAGUGCAGGUCAAGAUGGAACAUUGCAGUCUUUUUCAACAGUGCAUGAAAGAUUCAAUAAAAGUUUAGGACGUGGUUCAAUUAACAAAAAGAAAUCAAAAAAGAAAGGUCUUCAGCAUGAUACAAUGGCACUUCCACCAAUUACAGCCUUUGCUUCAGAGGUGGCUCAUCAGAAUGACUGGGAUGGUAUUGUUGCCUGUCAUCAGGGGUAUAUAACCUGUACAACUUGGAACUAUCAGAAAACUUCUAUGGGAACUCAUAAACUGAGGCCAGAAGAAUUUAGCAAAAACAAGCCUAUUGAUAUAUAUGCAACAGCUGUUGAUAUUACCACAUGUGGGAACUUUGCUGUAAUUGGGAUGUCAACAGGACAAGUAGAUGUGUAUAACAUGCAGUCUGGCAUUCACAGAGGACGCUAUGGCAGAGAAAGAGCUCAUGAGGGGUCUAUUAGAGGGGUAGCAGUGGAUGGAUUAAACCAAUUGACAAUCACAGCUGGAAGUGAUGGAUUAAUUAAAUUUUGGAAAUUCAAAGCUAAAGAGCUAGUUCACUCUACUGAUCUUUCUUCUUCUCCAAGUGGAAUUCUGCUUCACAGAGAUAGUGGCAUUCUGGGAAUUGCCUUUGAUGACUUCAGCAUUAGUGUUUUGGAUAUAGAAACCUGGAAGAUUGUCAGGAAGUUCUCAGGACACCAUGGACGUAUUAAUGACAUGACUUUCAGUCCUGAUGGUCGUUGGCUAAUAACUUCAUCAAUGGACUGUACUAUUAAGACUUGGGACCUUCCCUCUGGAUGCCUCAUAGAUUGCUUUCUGCUAGACUCUGCAGCAGUGAGUCUUACUAUGUCUCCUACAGGAGAUUUUCUAGCUUCAGCCCAUGUGGAUGAUCUUGGAAUUUAUUUGUGGUCCAACCGUUCUUUAUAUUCACUUGUCUCUUUACGGCCCCUUCCAGCAGACUAUGAACCUUCUGUGACAACACUGCCUGGCACCUGCCCUCUGCAAGAUGUGGAUGUUGCAGAAGGUGAAGACAAAUGUGAUGAGAUGAUAGAAUAUGACUCACCAGAGCAACUGGGAGAACAGCUGGUAACUCUAUCCUUACUACCUGAAUCAAGAUGGAAAAAUCUACUCAGUCUUGAUGUUAUCAAGAAAAAAAAUAAACCAAGAGAACCACCAAAAGUUCCCAAGUCAGCCCCUUUCUUCAUCCCAACGGUUCCCGGUCUUAUACCCCGAUAUGCUGCUCCAGAGCAAGAAAAUGAUACACAGUCAAAGGUAGUAAAUAUUGGAGUACUGGCCCAGAAAUCUGAUUUCUAUGUUCGUCUGGAAGAAGCCCUGAGCACUAAUGAAUAUACAGCUUCACUUAAUUUGCUGAAAGACUUGGGACCAUCUAGUAUUGAGAUAGAACUGAGAAGUUUGGCUCCCGAGGGUGGUGGUUCCUUGGAGGUGAUGCUAAGCUUCUUGAGAAUGAUUGGGAUGAUGCUGAACAAGAAGUACAACUUUGAACUUGCUCAAGCGUACCUUGCGCUAUUUUUAAAGUUGCAUCUUAAGAUUAUUUCAUCAGAGCACAGCCUACUGGAAGAAAUAUCUAGACUGUCAAUACAACUUGAGGAAACCUGGAUUCAUUUGCGGACUCUUUUCAAUCAGAGUCUGUGUGUGCUAACAUAUAUGAAAAGUGCUUUGCUAUAAAAUAUUUAAGAGUUUUGACUACAUAAAAAUUUCCUCAGAAAAACAGUACAACUUUCUGCCAAAGUUACUGAAUUCCAAGAUUUAUACUGGAAGUUCUGAUGCUGUAUUUUAUAUGUCUGUCUGGAACGGAGUGUUUUAGAACAUAAGUGAUAUGCAAAUGCUCCCUGAACUCUUGACAGCUUGGGCUGUAUCCUCUGCCUUGGGGAGCCUGUUCCAUGCCUAUCGCCCUCUGGUGAAGAACUUCUUCCUAACCCCCACUGACUGUCCCCAGUGAAGUUCCAUGUCAUUCCCAAAGAAGAAAUGUUUUAAAAUAAAAAAAUGGAAGUAUA